GAGUUUCAGUUCAAAAUCUAGAAUUGAUUUUGUUCUUUUUUUUUGGGCAAAAUAAACCAAAGCCCAAAGCCUCAAAAGCACUUGCGAUUUGAAGAAAAGAAUAUGGUCAUUGAAACGCAAAAGCCGAAGAAUGACAUGCUUUCUUUUAAGCCAGUCACUCCGCCCUCUCACCCUCGCUUACUAUAAAUCUUCCAUUCUCAAUUCCUUGCCUUCCACCUCCAGUAACUCCUCGGUUUUUCUCCGUCCGGUUUCAUCUCCUGCAAUUCGUACGUUUUGUUCAAAAACCGGUGCAAUGUCAUCGCUUCCAAGCCUCCAAAGUUGUCACUCUAUAUCUUACCUCACCCAACGGGAAGCUGCUGAGGUUGAUGAGACUCUCAUGGGCCCCCUUGGCUUUAGCGUCGAUCAACUUAUGGAAUUAGCUGGUUUGAGCGUCGCAGCCUCCAUAGCUGAGGUUUAUAAACCAAGUGAGUAUAAUCGCGUUCUUGCAAUUUGCGGUCCCGGGAACAAUGGAGGUGAUGGUUUGGUAGCUGUUCGUCAUUUGCAUCAUUUUGGUUACAAACCUUUUGUUUGUUAUCCAAAGCGUACGCCAAAGCCACUUUACACUGGUCUGGUUACACAGCUUGAAUCACUAUCAAUACCUUUCAUUCCGGUGGAAGAUUUGCCUUUGGACUUGUCCAAGGACUAUGAUAUUCUUGUGGAUGCAAUGUUUGGCUUCUCUUUUCAUGGCACCCCAAGGCCACCUUUUGAUGAUCUAAUUCAGAGAUUGGUUUGCUUGCAUAGUUAUGAUCAAAGACUGCAAAAGCAUUCAGUUAUUGUCUCUAUAGAUAUUCCAUCUGGGUGGCAUGUUGAAGAAGGAGAUACUGGUGGCAAAGGCAUUAAACCUGACAUGUUGGUUUCUUUAACGGCCCCAAAGUUGUGUGCAAAGAAAUUUAGUGGCCCACACCACUUUCUAGGUGGUAGAUUUGUCCCUCCAGCUAUUGCGGAUAAAUAUAAGCUUCAUCUUCCACUGUAUCCUGGCACUUCUAUGUGUGUGCGAAUUGGAAAGCCUCCCCAAAUUGAUAUAUCAACUCUAAGAGAAAAUUAUGUAUCUCCAGAGUUUCUUGAGGAGCAAGCGGAGUCUAACCCCAUUGAUCAGUUUCGAAAAUGGUUUGAUGAUGCAAUGGCUGCUGGCUUGAAGGAACCAAAUGCUAUGGCCUUGUCAACCGCUAGCAAGGAUGGAAAACUCUCUUCAAGGAUGGUCUUACUGAAAGGAGUUGAUAUGGAUGGUUUUGUCUGGUACACCAACUAUGAAAGUCGAAAGGCACGCGAUUUAUCUGAAAAUCCUCAUGCAGCUCUUCUUUUCUACUGGGAUGGUCUAAACCGGCAGGUAAGAGUAGAAGGAUGUGUGACAAAAGUGUCUGAAGAGGAAUCUGAGCAGUACUUCCAUAGCCGUCCCCGAGGAAGUCAGAUCGGAGCAAUCGUCAGCAAACAGAGUUCUGUGAUUCCUGGAAGGCAUGUUCUACAUCAGCAACACAAGGAAUUAGAGGAAAAGUUCUCAGAUGGAAGUUUAAUUCCAAAACCAAAACACUGGGGAGGAUAUAGGCUUCAACCAGAGCUUUUUGAGUUUUGGCAAGGACAAAAAUCUCGUUUACAUGACAGGUUGCAAUAUUCUCCUCAAGAAGUAAAUGGCAAGCAAGUAUGGAAAAUCAACCGCCUGGCUCCCUGACUACUGUUUCCAACUAAAUUGUGAAUAUCACAAUUCAUGCAUAUGAUUGUCAUUAUAUUGGAGUUGAACUGAUUAGGAGCCAGUGGCUUCAUCCUUGCUUUGCAAAUCACCAUUAUCUGAAGUCAAAUUCCUCGUGGGUCUUCCUCUUAUUCUUGAGUUUUUUUUUUUCGAUAGGGACAAAAUUGUAGAUUUUCUAGAUUCUGUUAAUGAAAGCUUUGACCUGAAACUCAGUUGGCUGUAUGUGGGGCUGGAUUCAAUCUAGUUGAGCCCGAACAAGACUUGGUUUAAGAUCAAUUUGAAUCCAAACCAGUUUGAGAUCC